CUGACUUGUUCUCUACCUGCCCAGGUUUGCCUAGGGCGUGGCAGCUGUGGAUAAAGGCAGGACUCAGGCUUAGCAGCUGCAUUCUCCCCUUCUCUCCCGGAACUUUCCAAGCAGCCUGGGGAGCCACACAGGUCAGCUGGCUGACAUGCGGGAGGUGACAACACUGAGCCUGCUCCUCCUCCUGGCAGGCCUGCCUGUCUUGGAUGCCAACGACCCAGAAGAUAAAAACAGUCCUUUCUACUAUGACUGGCACAGACUUCGGGUUGGUGGGCUCAUCUGUGCUGCGGUUCUGUGCACCAUCGGCAUCAUCGUCCUCAUGAGUGAGUGGGGACCCUGGAGGCCGAGCUGGCAGGCAGGGCAGGGCUGUGGGUCCUCUCCCUCAACCAUCCCUUCUCCCCUGACAGGUGGGAAAUGCAAAUGCAAGUUCAGCCAGAAGCCCAGCCACCAUCCAGGCGAAGCCCCACCUCUCAUCACUCCAGGCUCUGCCCAGAACUGUUGAGGAUGGAUCCGUUGAAAGGACACAGAGGUCCCUUCCCAUCUCUUCCUCCAAGUCCUGGUUCUGCGUGGGAGCCCAGACUCCAGGAUGGAAUUCUCCCUCUUCUCAGAGCACCUUGCCAGGGCCUCACCUUACCUCUCACUGGAGGGGUCUUUUUGUUCAAUUUUUAUUCUAAAAAUGGCUCUUGCCUCCUUAUCCUUUAUUCUAAAAAUUGAUUAGCCAAGUGUC